GUUUGAAAAAUCACAACUGUCAGCGGUUUUCGGUUGGUCGCUCGGUUUGUAGCUGAUUUUCCGUGAGCUGCUGGGACUCCAGGAGGAGACUCCCAUAAUGGAGACUUUGUCAUUCCCCAGAUACAAUGUAGCAGAGCUUGUGGUUCAUAUUCGAAAUAAAUUAUUAACAGGAGCAGAUGGCAAAAACCUCUCGAAGAGCGAUUUUCUUCCAAAUCCGAAGUAUGAUGUCUUGUACAUGAUUUACAUGAGAGCCUUACAGUUAGUGUAUGGAAUCCGGCUGGAGCACCUCUACAUGAUGCCGAUGAACAUAGAAGUCACAUAUCCACAUUUAAUGGAUGGCUUCUUACAGAUCAGAAGUUUGUUCUUUUACAUGGAUUCCUUUAUGCCCAUUUGCCGGGUGAAUGACUUUGAGGUUGUCGACAUUCUUUAUCCAAAGACAAACCGGACAAGUCGUUUUUUAAGCGGCAUUAUCAACUUUAUUCACUUCAGAGAAACAUGCCUGGAGAAGUAUGAAGAAUUUCUUUUGCAAAAUAAAUCCCCUAUGGACAGGAUGCAGCAGUUAAGCAAUGCGCACCAGGAAGAUUUGAUGAAACUGGAAAAACUCAAUUCGGUUCCAGUUGAGGAGCAAGAGGAGUUCAAACAGUUUAUGGAUGACAUUCAGGAGCUGCAGCACCUGCUGAAUCAAGAGUUCAGACAGAAAACGACACUGCUGCAGGAGGAAUAUGCCAAAAUAAAAUCAGAUAUUUCAGAGAAAACCAAGCAUUUAAAUGAACAAAAGUUGUCAUUAGUUUCUUUGAAAGAAAUUCAAGACAAUUUGAAAAGCAAAAUUGUGGACUCUCCAGAGAAGCUGAAGAACUAUAAAGACAAGAUGAAAGCCACCGUCCAGAAGCUCCGCAGUGCCAGGGAAGAAGUGAUGGGGAAGUAUGAUAUCUAUAGAGAUUCUGUGGACUGCUUACCUUCCUGUCAGCUGGAGGUGCAGCUGUAUCAAAAGAAAUCACAGGCCCUUGCAGAUAAUAGGGAGAAGCUGAGCAGUCUCUUAAAGGAGAGCUUGAACUUGGAGGACCAGAUUGAAAGUGACUCAUCGGAACUAAAGAAACUGAAGACUGAAGAAAAUAAUCUCAUAAGAAUGAUAACUGUAAAGAAGGAGAAGCUUGCUACCAUGAGAUUCAAAAUCAGCAAGAAGCAGGAGGAUGUGAAACAGUACAAGCAGGCCAUAAUUGAAGACUGCAAUAAAGUUCAAGAAAAGAGAGAUGCUGUCUGUGAGCAAAUCACCACCACUAAUCAAGAAAUCCACAAGAUUAAAUCUGCGAUUCAACAACUGAAAGAUGACAAGAAUAGGGAGAUGCUGAAGUCUCAGGAGAUCUUUGUAAACUUGAAAAGUGCUCUGGAGAAGUAUCAUGAGGGCUUGGAGAAGGCAGCGGAGGAGUGUGGUGCUAAAAUAGAGAAGAAGGCUGCGGAGUUGAAGAGGAGGAUGGGCAGAGUGCUGCCCUGAACAACCACAGCCCUCCCUGCUGCCCUUCUGCUUCUGUUUGGCGUAGUUAUAUUGAAGCUAAUGGAAGUACCUGCAAUAUCAGCUAACUAACACGGGUACCGCUGGUUCUUAUUUAUCUUUGGUGUCCUUUUAUGUGGCGUAUAUGGCGGUGUGCUUACUGUGUGUUAGCCUUGGUGAUGGGGAUACAACUCCGCCUUGCAGGCUACACUGACUUGCUUUCCCAGGCUCCAACAUGCCAUGUAUUGUAUAGACUUUUACUACAAUUCAAAUAAAGUGUACAGCUUUUAUGUCCCUACUCUCUCUCUUUUUUCUAUAUAGUGGUUGGAAUAAAUAGAUACUGAACUCUGUGAGUUUUACUACUGUUA